AUGAAUACGUACGCCAAGGCCGUGAAGACAGGGCAAGCUGUUGAUGCGCGGUUCAUGUCCACAACUAGACUGCUUCAAGAGCUCGUGCAGUGGCUCCGCGUAGUUCUGCACGAGUACACGCAGUGUCUUAAGCUGCGCGCGUACCGCCACCAGAAGCAUGUCCAAGACACUUAUGCUUCGGACAGCAGCGACGCUGCGCUCAACGACGACGGAUAUUAUGACCAGAAUGGGAACUACGGGCGUUAUGGCAAUCCUGACACCGACUCCGACGUGGAUGUUUAUGGCCAGAAAUACGCCCCUUCGGCGGAAUCGCUAGGCCCCCCGCGCAUGGAAUCCUCAACGCCCACUUUCGUUGACUAUGGUGGUCCGCCCGGUUCUAGAGACCAAUACCCUGCUUGGUCGUCGGAACGCAACAUCCCUCUGUCCAAGGAGGAGAGACAUUUUCCUCGACCUCACGCAGAAUUCGACUUCGUAAUGCAGCUGCUCGACUCUAGAGCGUCGCGGAUGUCACCGGAUCAAGCACUACUAACAUUACACGCUGACUACAUCGGGGGACAACAUGCUAACUACCGUAAAUGGUACUUCGCGGCUCAGCUCGACUUGGACGACGCUGUGGGGCAGACGCAGAAUCCGGGGCUUCAGCGACUGAAGUCCACAAAGCGCCGAGGUGGAAGGGGCGCAGAGAAGUCGCUCAGCUCUGCGAUGGAGCGGCGGCGGCAGGCGAUGAACAAUAUGAGCCAGUACGACCGCUUGCGACAAAUCGCGCUUUACCUCCUGUGCUGGGGUGAGGCGGCGCAGGUACGAUUCAUGCCAGAAUGUCUUUGCUUCAUCUUCAAGUGCGCGGACGAUUACUACCGGUCGCCGGAGUGCCAGAAUCGUCUCGACCCCGUACCAGAGGGGUUGUACUUACGUGCCGUGGUCAAACCUUUGUACCGGUUCAUCCGGGACCAAGGUUAUGAAGUGGUGGAUGGGAAGUUCGUGCGGAGGGAGCGGGAUCAUGACAAGAUCAUCGGGUAUGACGAUGUCAACCAGCUUUUCUGGUACCCGGAAGGGAUUGCUAGGAUCGUGCUACAGGAUAAGACUCGUCUCGUCGACGUCCCCCCGGCACAGAGGUUCAUGAAGUUCGAUCGCAUCGAGUGGAAUCGAGUGUUCUUCAAGACCUACUAUGAGAAGCGAUCAUUCGGUCACCUGCUCGUGAACUUCAACAGGAUAUGGGUUGUACACAUCGCGAUGUACUGGUUCUAUACAGCUUACAAUUCACCUAUGGUAUACGGCGGCGAAUGGUCUGCGACUGCCCUCGGUGGCGCCGUUGCGACGACUAUCAUGAUUCUAGCUACAAUUGCGCAGUUCUCGUACAUCCCCACCACCUGGAAUAACACCUCCCAUCUUACGCGUCGCCUCCUCUUCUUGUUCAUUACCCUUGGUCUCACUGCUAGUCCUACCUUCUACGUCGCCAUUGCAGUCGGGAACGGUAGGGGAGGGUCGCUCCCGCUGAUCCUUGGUAUCAUCCAAUUCUUCAUCUCAGUGGUCGCGCCGCUGCUUUUCGCGGUCAUGCCCUCCGGACGGAUGUUCGGUGAUCGCGUCGCGGGCAAGUCGAGGAAGUACCGUGCGAGCCAGACCUUCACGGCCAGCUACCCGGACCUCCAUCUACAAGCUCGUGUGGCAUCGAUCGCCCUUUGGAUCCUCAUCUUCGGGUGCAAGUUCAUUGAGUCGUAUUUCUUCCUGACGACGUCGUUCAGUAUUUCGAUCUGCGUCAUGGUCGGCAUGAAGAUCCAAGGCUGCAACGAUCGCUACUUCGGCGAUGGCUUGUGUCGCAACCAGGCGGCAUUCACGCUCACUAUCAUGUACAUCAUGGACCUUGUCCUGUUCUUCCUCGACACUUUCCUGUGGUACAUCAUCUGGAACACCGUGUUCUCGAUCGCGCGAAGUUUCAUGCUAGGUCUCAGUAUCUGGACGCCCUGGAAGGACAUCUAUACUCGACUGCCGAAGAGGAUCUACGCGAAGCUAUUGGCCACCGCGGACAUGGAGGUUAAGUAUAAGCCCAAGGUCCUCGUCUCGCAAAUCUGGAACGCCAUCAUCAUAUCCAUGUACCGCGAGCACUUGCUGUCUAUCGACCACGUCCAGCGGCUGUUGUACCACCAAGUGGAUGCGGGAGGAGACGGGCGCCGCAGUCUGCGCGCUCCGCCGUUCUUCAUCUCCCAGAGCGACAAAGGCUUCAAAGGAGAAUUCUUCCCCGGCGGGAGCGAGGCGGAGCGUCGUAUAUCGUUCUUCGCGCAAUCCUUGACUGUCGCCCUCCCGGAGCCUGUUCCUGUCGACGCUAUGCCCACGUUCACGGUCUUGACUCCCCAUUACAGUGAAAAGAUUCUUCUGUCGCUUCGCGAGAUCAUCCGUGAGGAGGAUCAAACUACCCGGGUCACGCUGCUGGAGUAUCUGAAGCAGCUGCACCCUGUCGAGUGGGAUAACUUCGUCAAGGAUACCAAGAUCUUGGCCGAGGAAUCUGCGAUGUACAACGGACCUAAUCCGUUCGGCGCCGACGAGAAGGGCCAGUCUAAGACCGACGAUCUUCCCUUCUACUGCAUCGGUUUCAAGAGUGCCGCUCCCGAAUUUACCCUGCGAACACGUAUCUGGGCCUCUCUACGCGCUCAGACCCUCUAUCGGACUGUGUCGGGCAUGAUGAACUAUUCCAAAGCCAUCAAGCUCCUGUAUCGCGUCGAGAAUCCUGAGGUCGUCCAGCUGUACGGCGGUAACACCGACAAACUCGAGCGAGAGCUAGAACGUAUGGCUCGUCGGAAGUUCAAGUUUGUCGUGUCGAUGCAACGGUACUCGAAGUUCAACAAGGAGGAGCAAGAGAAUGCGGAAUUCCUGCUGCGUGCCUACCCGGAUCUUCAGAUUGCCUACCUGGACGAGGAGCCCCCGAGGAAGGAAGGCGGCGACCCGCGCUUGUUCUCGGCGUUGAUCGAUGGUCACUCCGACUUCGUUCCCGAGACUGGCCGGCGUCGACCCAAAUUCCGGAUCGAACUACCUGGUAACCCUAUCUUGGGCGACGGCAAAUCUGACAACCAGAAUCACGCCAUUAUCUUCUACCGCGGAGAAUAUCUGCAGCUUAUCGACGCCAACCAGGACAACUACCUCGAGGAAUGUCUCAAGAUCCGGAACGUCCUUGGCGAAUUCGAGGAGUACUCCGUCUCGACGCAGAGCCCGUACGCCACUUGGGGUCAAAAGGAGUUCAGGAGGCCUCCCGUCGCCAUUGUUGGUGCGCGCGAGUACAUUUUCUCGGAGAACAUCGGUAUUCUGGGUGACAUCGCCGCUGGAAAGGAACAGACAUUCGGUACCUUGGCGGCUCGCUCCUUAGCUUGGAUCGGCGCAAAAGGGUCUGCAAUGACUGCCUUUGGUCGCGGUGGCCGCAUCAAGCACACCGAGUAUUACCAGUGCGGUAAAGGACGUGAUCUCGGUUUCGGCACCAUCUUGAACUUCCAGACGAAGAUCGGUACCGGUAUGGGCGAGCAGAUGCUCAAUCGAGAGUACUAUUACUUGGGUACCCAUCUCCCCAUGGACCGAUUCCUUACGUUCUACUACGGUCAUCCCGGUUUCCAUAUUAACAACAUGCUAGUUAUCCUUUCAAUGCAGCUCUCAUUGCUCACUUCCUGGUCUUGUAUUGACGCCUUGAUCCAGUGGUUCCUCGAAUUACGGAAUGCUCCGCAUGCAGUCUUAGGUCUUAUCGCGACGAUUGCCAUACAACGCGCUGUCCAACGACUCCCCUUGCAAGUCAAAAGGGGGAUGAUUAUGCGCGGCGAGCAAUGUCACCCCGCCUGCCACCGUGUCCGCCCAUGCGGACCUCCGCUGCGAGCAGUCGGCCGCAGGCCGACGCUCUUGAUCUUCAAGUACAGUGUUUCGUUGUACGACAGGUCUUUGGUGUGGCCAGCGAGUGGGAGGAGUCGGCCGAAGGCCGAUGUCAUAAGAUCGAAGUUCAAAGUUCAGACGGCGGUACAACCGUAUACCGCGGUCAAGCUCGCCCCGCUGCCAUCGGGUCCGCUGACGCGGACCUCCGCUGGGCGCAUUCGGCCGCAGGCCGACGCUCUGACUUACAAAUUUGAUGGUCACGAUUUGUGGACGCCCUUGUCGGAUGACGUUGGAUGCGCUGCCUUGGCUGCGCAGCUCGAGUAG